AUGAGCAAUGGUAGUGUGUGCAAAUUAAAGUAGUCUUCUUUAUCGGCCGUACUGAUUUGGUGGACUUUAUACCUCACGGUUCAGUGAAUUAGAUCCUAGUUGAUGCUACUAUCAUUAGAUUAUUCGGAGGAUUUCGUUCUUUUUUUCUAUUCGGCAAUAGGUACUUUAAUAAAAUAGUUAGGGAUGAUGUAUGGGUUUUUGGUGAUAAUUCUCAUGCUUAAUUAGGAUUAGGUGAGGUUUCUGAAGUACAAAAAAGACCUUAAAGACUAUAUUGCAAUUAUGAACUUCUAACUUGUGCUGAAACCUAUACCUAUGCUUAUAAUUGGGAAGGUCUUUAUUAUUGGGGUGAAACAAAUUUUGGUUGUUCAUAAUAUAAAGGAUUGUGUUUGGAUCCAAAAUAAUUACCUUAAAAAGGUGUGUCAUAAUUAUGUGCAUAAAAUGAUCGAUUUUAUUAUAUUUAACAUGGUGAUUUAUAUGGUAAUGGAUUUACCCAUUUACUUGGAGUUAAAACUAAUGUAGUUUCAACAUCAAAACCAUUACUAAUAAUGAAUAAGGUAGUAAAGAUAUCAUGUUCAAUUAGUCAUUCUUUAUUAUUGGAUGAGAAUGGAUAUGUAUUUUCAUGGGGAAAUGGUAAGAAUGGAGAAUUAGGAUUAUAAAUGGCAGGAUAUACAUUCUAAACUUAUUGCUGUACGCCUACUCAAAUCAAAUAAUUAGAAAGAAUUUAGGAUAUUUAAUGUGGAAAUCAUUAUAGUUUAGCUUUGAAUUAAUAAGGAAUUGUAUAUGAAUGGGGUAAUGGAUUAUAAUCUAUGACAUUUGAAGAAGCUUUGAAAAUUAAAGAAGUUCGAAUGCCUAAUUAGUAUUCUAAUAUACGUAAAAUUCAUGUAGCUUAAAGUUAAGCUGCAUGUGUUGAUCAAUUAGGUAGAUUAUAUUAAUGGAAUUCUAAAUAUCCAAAACCAUAAUUAAUAAAAUGUGGAUUUCGAUGUGAGGAAUUUUUAUGUGGAGAUGGUAUUGUAUUAUUUAUUGGGAAUGAAUAAGCUUAUUAAGUUUCUGAACAUUUUAAAUAAUAAGUUAAAGAAAAAGUUAAGAAAUAUAAAGAUUAUGUAGAAUUAAAGAAUAAUAAAGUUAGAAAUGUAUUCUAUGAUGAAAAUAAAAGAACUAAAUGUUUAUAAGAAUUAAAUUAGAAGGUAUUAGAAUAGUAAAUUAAACCAAUUUAACCUGAAGAUUUUUUAUAUUCUCGUCUGUAGAGAAAACAAUCCUUAUAUGUUAUGUAAUUAAAAAGGAGAAGUACAAUGAUGAUAUCUGAAUUACAAACAUUAGGUUUCUAAUCAGAACACAAACCUAGAUUUAGUACAAUUAAAUUUGAUUUGAUAAAAGAAUAGAUGAAAUAAGGAAAAUUACAACUUCUAAAAACAGAUAGAGAUGUGAAAGAUAAUAAAAAUGUUUAAGGAUCUUGGGAAUAGUUUAAACUUCUUUCAAAGAAUGUGAAUUAAACAAGUUAAAUUAAAAAUAGAAUUCCAUUACACAUUUUAAAUACAAAAUUAUCGUAAGCUAUAGAAAUUGAUAAAGUUUCAGAUUUGAUAUUAGAAUCUGAAAGAUUAAAUCCUCUUUACAUUCCUUUAGACAACAUGGCUAAGAUAGUUAAAUCCUAACCAUAGACUCAAAGGGAAUCUCUACAUAUUCAAGAUUCUGAAUAAAAAGAGUUCAUUGAUGAUCCAGACAUUAUGAAAUAUGAGUAUGUGAAACGUAUCUAUAAUGGAUAUCAUGAAAAGUUGCUAAUGGAUAAUCUAAUGACAAAAGAUUAAUGUUUCUUACCUAUAAAAUGGAAAAGACUAAAAGAUGAUACAAAACUAUUCCAAGGCCGCUAUAAUAGAAUGUAAUAAAGACUUCAAAGAGAAUAAAGAGAUGCUAAAAAACUAACGAAAAUUACAGAUAUAUAACAUUUAUGACAAUUUCUUUUUCUUAUA